UGCGAUGCAAGAGUAGCCUCAUAGUCAUAGUAAAAGCGUAAAAUUCUCGCUCUAUACCCUAGAAACCUCAUGAGAGUGGAGUGGAGCUACUUCGCGUGAAUAGACGAGUUUCACGAACGGAUUCCUCCGCGAAGCAGCAAAUCACUAGCGCCGAGCUUCAUGCAGUAGGUCAGCUGCAGGUUCCAGAUUCCUCUUGAUCUUCGGCACCUCUUAAGAAGAAAGUUCAAGAGCCAAGCGGAGGGGUUAGGAGAAGGAAGGGGAGAAUAUGUGUGGAAUUGCUCUGAUUGUGUCUGGGGUUCGGAUCGUCAGCUUUGAUUCAUAUACAGAGUGUUGCAGAGAUCGAGCUGUACAUUCCGACGGUAAAGAGGUAUAUGAACCAGAUUUACCAAUAGAUGAUCUUAAGGCUUCUCUUUAUAGAAGAGGUCCUGAUAACCUCAGUUGCAGAAAGGUCCUUCUUCAUCCACAUUGCAUGUCUUCUGUCGCAAAUGGCGAUGAAGUGGUGAAGAAAGUAUGUUCAAGUUUUGGAGAAUUAUCCAAUGGUUGCACCAGUUCUGCAUUACAAGCAGCAGCCGGUCAAGAAGAUGGUGAUAUAGGAGUAAAACCUGUUGCUGAAUUGUGCUUCUUUGGUGCAACAUUACAGCUUAGGGGAAUAAAUGCUGUAUCUCAGCCACUCGUGUCUACUUCCGGAAACAUUCUUGUAUAUAAUGGUGAGAUAUUUGGGGGGAUACAUGUCGCCAGUGAUCAAAAUGAUGCCAAAUCUCUUUUGAAUGCAUUGGAUACAUGUUGUUCUUGUGAUAACAAUUGGCAUGACAAAGGUCGCUCCUGUGUUGGCAACGGAGGGAAGACAGUUCCUGAGAUCCUUUCUACGAUCAAAGGACCAUGGGCCUUGAUAUAUUGGCAGGAGAAGUCAAAAACAAUUUGGUUUGGUCGAGAUGCAUUUGGAAGACGGAGCCUCCUGGUUCACUGGCCAAAUUCUGACAAGUCACAGUUCGUUCUGUGCUCAUCGUCACCUCCUUCAAUGGUCACAAAGGAUUUUGGUUCCGUCUCAUCAAAUGAUGGUUCUGUACCUGGGGAAGAUCCUCCACUUACAGAAACAAUAUGCAAAUUGUCAUACUGGGAGGAGCUUCCAUGUGGAAUAUACAGUGUUUGCUUGCCAGUCCCCCAAAACAAUACACUCCCUGUAAAGGAAGAAUUAAUUUGUGAAGUAAAAAAGCAUGAGUGGAACAAUUCCUUACUAAGUAAAUUGAUUAAGUGGGAAAGGACUUCUGUGAUUCCUAAAUUGGGGGAGUUUUGUUUGCCUGCUAAUUCACUUGAAAAGGAGUUGGAUACUAAUUGCUCUUUAACAAAAAAUGUUACACUAUCAGGGUAUCAGCACUCAAUACAUAAAGUGCUUACCGCACUAAGAGAGUCUGUACUGCGACGAACCACUGUAAGCAGAGAAUUUCAGGGAGAUCUACACGAAGUUAGAGGAGAGGGUUCAACCCCUAUAGCAAUUCUCUUUUCUGGUGGCUUGGACUCUAUGAUACUUGGGGCACUACUAGACAAAUGUCUCAAUCCCAAAUACACGAUAGAUUUGCUAAACGUAAGUUUCGAUGGACAGCUUGCUCCUGAUAGAGUUUCUGCAAAGGCAGGAUUGAGGGAACUGCAAAGGAUUUCUCCACUCAGAAGGUGGCGACUGGUGGAAAUUGAUGCUUCUUUGUCUCACCUAAAACAGGAAACUGAGCACGUACUGACGUUGAUACAUCCUACAAAUACUUAUAUGAUAACAUAUCUUCGGAUUCUUUUACCACAGGAUCUGAACAUUGGCAUAGCAUUAUGGUUGGCUGCUGGUGGAGUUGGUUGGGUGGAUGGAGAGUUGUGCAAACUGCACAAAAGUUGCGAUCGUUAUAAAUAUAAAUCAGCAUCCAAAGUUCUCUUAGUUGGGUCUGGUGCUGAUGAGCAAUGUGCUGGAUAUGGUAGGCACAGGACAAAGUUUAGGCUGGGAGGUUGGGUGGCACUUCAUGAGGAAAUGCGUUUGGAUAUGCAGCGGAUCUGGAAAAGGAAUAUGGGUAGAGAUGACAGGUGCAUUUCUGAUCAUGGAAAGGAGGCUCGAUUUCCAUUCCUUGACGAAGAUGUUAUUGCGACGUUACUGGAAAUUCCUUUAUGGGAAAUCGCUGAACUUGAUAAACCUGUAGGAACAGGUGACAAGAAGAUAUUGAGAGAGGUUGCAAAAUUACUGGGCUUACAAGAAGCUGCUCUUCUGCCGAAAAGGGCGAUCCAGUUUGGUUCGAGAAUUGCGAGAGAAUCAAACCGAAAGAACUUUGGGAGCAACCGCGCAGCAAAUCAGGCAUCUGCAGGAAGUGUCGUGAUUCGUCAGCCACAAAAUAAGCUGCAGAAUCCACAAUGAUUGUGCUAGAAUUGCUAGAAAUGUUUCAAUUCGCCAGCAACAUUAGCCCUUAUAAGCGCCCAAUCAUGUAGAACUGAAUAACACAGUGACCCUUAAAAAACAAUGUUUCUUACUAAAGGGAGUUGCUGUGAUCAGGUUAAGCCAAUUGUACACGAGAAAGUUGGUUUGUGCCGCUUGGUCCGAGCAUUUACUGGCAACAGGGAAAAAAAAUAGUUGAAGUUAUUCUUGAAUGUGUUGGUGCAAAGUGCAAACUUUGAAGGAUAUACGAAAUUUUGUGAUGUAAUUGGAAAGAGUUUGUUGAAGUGUGCCGUGAAAUUCGCCAAAGUUUGUGUGUUGUUUGAUUAGACAAAUAACACCACUGAUAAUCUGCUGGUAUUCAGCAUGCGAGUUGUAAUAGUUGAACAUGAGUCUCUCACUCGUCUGCUCCGGGUACUUCACGAGUACAUAUAUAUUGGUGGUUUUUUUAACAGGUCGAUGCACAAAUUUUGUAAUAAACGUAUAUUGUAAUAUUUCCUAAAAAGGAGAGGAAAAUUAGUGGAGAAACAA